AUGCCAUCUCACUUUGAUACACUUCAGUUGCAUGCUGGACAGCCUGUUGACAAACCAUAUAAUGCUAGAGCCCCACCAAUCUAUGCCACAAGUUCGUACGUCUUUAACGACUCCAAACAUGGUGCUCAAUUAUUUGGAUUGGAAACUCCGGGGUACAUUUACUCUAGAAUUAUGAACCCAACCAACGAUGUUUUUGAACAAAGAAUUGCUGCUCUUGAAGGAGGUAUUGGUGCAUUGGCCACAUCAUCAGGUCAAGCUGCCCAAUUGUUAGCCAUUGCUGGUUUAGCCCAUUCUGGUGAUAACAUUAUUAGCACUUCAUAUUUGUAUGGAGGUACUUACAAUCAAUUCAAAGUUGCUUUCAAGAGAUUUGGAAUUGAGACCAGAUUCGUCAAUGGUGAUAAUGUUGAUGAUUUUGCUAAAUUGAUUGACAACAAGACCAAGGCUAUUUACUUGGAAAGUAUCGGAAACCCAAAAUACAAUGUUCCAGAUUUUGAAAAGAUUGUUAAAUUAGCGCAUGACAAUGGUAUUCCAGUUGUUGUUGAUAAUACUUUUGGUGCUGGUGGAUUCUUGGUUAAUCCUAUUAAAUAUGGGGCAGAUAUUGUUGUUCAUUCAGCUACCAAAUGGAUUGGUGGACACGGUACCACGAUUGCUGGUGUGGUUGUUGACUCUGGUAAAUUCCCAUGGACAAAGUAUCCUGAAAAAUACCCACAAUUCUCCAAACCUUCUGAAGGUUACCACGGAUUGAUUUUAAGCGAUGCAUUGAAAGAAGCUGCUUUCAUUGGACAUUUGAGAAUUGAAUUAUUACGUGAUUUGGGUCCAGCUUUGAAUCCAUUUGGUUCCUUUUUGCUCUUGCAAGGUUUGGAAACCUUGAGUUUAAGAGUUGAAAGACAAAGUGAGAAUGCAUUGAAAUUGGCCCAAUGGUUAGAACUGAACCCACAUGUUGAUUCAGUAUCAUAUGUUGGUUUGCCAUCCCAUGAAUCUCACGAAUUGGCUAAGAAAUACUUCAAUAACAAUGCCAAAUUCUUUGGUGGUGCUUUGUCAUUCACAGUUAAGGAGAUUGAAUCGAAUUCCUCAGAUCCAUUCCAAGAAGCUUCUCCAAAGGUUGUUGAUAACUUGAAAAUUGCUUCAAACUUGGCAAACGUUGGUGAUUCCAAAACAUUGGUUAUAGCACCAUACUUUACUACCCAUCAACAAUUGGACGAGGAGGAGAAGAUAGCAUCUGGUGUGUCAAAAGGUUUGAUUAGAGUUUCAAUUGGAACAGAGUUUAUAGACGAUAUCAUCGAAGAUUUUGAACAAGCUUUCAAGAAAGUAUAUGGGAAUUAG